CGACACAUUCUGGCUCACUCUCUAGGCGUCUGUCAGUGGCCAUGACAACAUCCACCUUUUUUCAGGGGACCGACAGGCGCUCCUAGUGAUUGUUUUUGCAGGCGGGGGUCAUCUGAAAGGCUGACAGUAUGAUGCUGAACGACAGUUGGACGGCGAUGAACAACAGCAGCUCGGAGCUCGGCGGCAAAACAAGAAACACACGCAAGUUUUGCGUCCAGAAAUGCUGCAGCUUUCUUUUAUGGGCGGUCCUGGUGGUCGCCGUGGUCGCGGUCGUCACGGCAACGGUCGUCAUCCUCUACGUCAACAACUAUCCGCUGCCCUUCGUCAACAGAGCGUCCCGGACAUCUCCUGUCAUCUCCACCAAUCCCAAAGAGUCAGGUGCCUUGGUGACGGUGUCGCAGGCGGGUGAAGGCGACGGCAUCAGCAUCUUCCUUGACCCCAACUGUCCGGACCCCACUUUCCACCUUGAGCGCUGGGAGGCACUUCAGAGCUCGCUGGCGCGAGCGCUGAGCUCGCACAACAGCGAAGACCGGCAGGAAAUGGCCCAUGUGCGCGCGCUGACCGAGGACGCCGCGGCAGGACACCUCCGACGUGAGACGCAUGCCCUCAAGAACGGACAAGCUGUUCUGGAACAGAGACUGGAACACCUAAAGAACCAACAGAACCGAAUUGCUCAGGUGUUGUCCGACGAGCACGCAGUGGUCCUCAAGCUCAGCUCGGCGUUGACCGAUUCCUUGUCCGGCCUUCGGAGGGACACCGAAAGCCUCGGCAGACUGCACCUAGACAAACGCAAAGGUAGAGCCAUUGCGGAAGCAAACAACGUUAGCAAUAGCGACCGUCGUCGACCAACUGUUUACGGAAUCCCUCCAGCUCCAGUGCCGAGAGACUGCAGCGAGGUCCUGUCAGGGGGAAAUUCCCGAGACGGCGUCUACUCCAUCUUUCCUGUCCACGAGCCCGCCGGCUUCAUGGUUUAUUGCGACAUGAGCACCGACGCAGGGGGAUGGACCGUGAUCCAAAGAAGACAGGAUGGCUCCGUCAAUUUCUUUCGCGGUUGGGAAGCAUAUCGAGACGGCUUUGGAAAAACCACAGGAGAGCACUGGCUAGGCCUACAGCGGAUCUACGCCUUGACCCGCUCGGGCGGUUACGAGUUGCGAAUCGACAUGGCUGACUUUGAAAACGCUACGGCCUUCGCCAAUUAUGCCGAAUUCUCCGUGGGCCGAGACUCGGUCAACCCCGAAGAAGAUGGCUACCCCCUGGACGUGGACCGCUACUCGGGAACCGCAGGCGAUUCGCUCCUGAAGCAUUCAGGCAUGGCUUUUACCACCAAAGACCGGGACCUGGACCAGUCGGAGAACAACUGCGCCACGUACUACCAGGGGGCCUGGUGGUACCGCAACUGUCACACGUCCAACUUGAACGGCCGGUACCUGGGUGGAGCCCACGCCUCUUACGCCGAUGGCGUGGAGUGGUCCAGUUGGACGGGAUGGCAGUACUCGCUGAGAUUUACCGAGAUGAAGAUACGGCCUCGGCCUAAAGCCACCUAAAGGGGAAAUUCGCCACCUUUCGAUAAUGUGAAGGACGUUGCCACCCAUUUUUUUUCUGCCACUUCAUACAAUUUCAUCAACUACGUAAUGUAUUUGCGUGGGGAUGCUUAGCUUGUAUGCUAACUUUGUUGUUUUUUUGGGGGGGUCUUUUAGCGCAGUGUUCCGCAUUUUCAAUGUCUUUUUGUUUUAUUUUCAAGAUCUUUUGGUGGUUUUCAGGCUUUUCUUUUCAUUGAUUUCAAGGCAGGUCACUUUCUGCUCAUUGGUCACUUCUUGUUUGGGGCUUUCCCAGGUCACUUCCUGUUCAAUUUUGGUCACAACCUGCACAUUUUGGGGCAUUCCAGGAUUACUUCCUGUAUAUUUUAGAUCAUUUCCUGCUGAUUUCUGUGUCAGGUCAUUUCCUGCUGGUUAAGGGUCACUUCCUGCAGAUUUUGGGCUUAUUUAGGUCACUUUUUUGCCCUUUACAAAUGAAUGGGGGCAUCGGAAAUACGUGGAGAUGUCUUUGUUUGGUAGAAUCGUAUAUUUUAGCAAAAAUGUUGUGCUCCUUGAUUUCCUAAUUUUUUUUAUUUGUAAAUUAUGUUAAUUGGACAUAAAAGAUACAUUUAGUCAAAGUCCAGACUUGAACCCCAUUGAGAUGCUGUGGCAUGACCUACAGACUGCGAUUCAUGCCACACAUCCCAGGAAUCUGACUGCACUACAGCAGUUUUGUAGAGAGAAAUGGGCCAAGAUUAGUCCUGAUCGACGUGCCACACUGAUUUGCAGCUACAGGAAGCGUCUGGUUGAAAUUAUUGCUGCCAAAGGGGGGGGGCACAAAAUAUUAAAUGUGAUGGUUCACUUACUGAUUUUUCCCCCCUUCUGUGUUGUUUGCAUGCCAUCCUCAUUAAAAUGUGAAAACCUAUAAUUGUUUGUGUGGUUUUAAAGCAGACACCUGCUUUUUUUCAUCUG